CAGCACUCGGCCUGCGGAAUCUUGUCUCUGAGGCAGGCACAGAAGACCCCAGUGCGCGAGGCCUGGAGGAAGUGGGUCAGCCCCAGGCUGUGAAUGAGCCAGGCUGGGCCUGCUCUCCCUGCCCCUCUCCCCUCUCCCCCUCCUCCUUUGCCCCCAAAAUAGCUCCCUGAGCUGCCAGGCCAAGACCCUCCCAUUGCAGGGGGAGGCGGGGCAAGCCGCCCAGAGCCAGGCUUUAAAACCCCAGGCAGCCAGCGUGGGGGGGGCGGAAUCUCCACUCCCUGGCUGGAGGCACUGCCGAGGCAGCCUGUCCACCCAUCAGUCAGGCCCACCCUCCCGCAGCCAUGUCCCGGCCCCUGUCAGACCAGGAGAAGAGAAAGCAGAUCAGCGUGCGUGGCCUGGCUGGCGUGGAGAAUGUGACCGAGCUCAAGAAGAACUUCAACCGGCACCUCCAUUUCACACUCGUGAAGGACCGCAAUGUGGCCACCCCGAGGGACUACUACUUUGCGCUGGCCCACACCGUGCGCGACCACCUCGUGGGUCGCUGGAUCCGCACGCAGCAGCACUACUACGAGAAGGACCCCAAGAGGAUCUACUACCUGUCUCUGGAGUUCUACAUGGGACGGACACUACAAAACACCAUGGUGAACCUGGCCUUGGAGAAUGCUUGUGAUGAGGCUACCUACCAGCUGGGCCUGGACGUGGAGGAGCUGGAGGAGAUCGAGGAGGAUGCGGGGCUGGGCAACGGGGGCCUGGGUCGGCUGGCCGCCUGCUUUCUGGACUCCAUGGCAACACUGGGCCUGGCUGCCUAUGGCUACGGGAUCCGCUAUGAAUUUGGAAUUUUUAACCAGAAGAUCUGCGGGGGCUGGCAGAUGGAGGAGGCUGAUGACUGGCUUCGCUAUGGAAACCCCUGGGAGAAGGCCCGCCCCGAGUUCAUGCUGCCGGUGCACUUCUAUGGCCGAGUGGAACACACCAACCAGGGGGCCAAGUGGGUGGACACACAGGUGGUGCUGGCCAUGCCCUACGACACGCCGGUGCCCGGCUAUCGCAACAACAUCGUCAACACCAUGCGCCUGUGGUCGGCCAAGGCCCCCAAUGACUUCAACCUCAAGGACUUCAACGUCGGUGGCUACAUCCAAGCUGUGCUGGAUCGAAACCUCGCUGAGAACAUCUCACGUGUCCUGUACCCCAAUGACAAUUUCUUUGAGGGGAAGGAGCUGCGUCUGAAGCAGGAGUACUUUGUAGUGGCCGCCACCCUCCAGGAUAUCAUCCGCCGCUUCAAGUCCUCCAAGUUCGGUUGCUGCGACCCUGUGCGCACGAGCUUCGAUGCCUUUCCGGAUAAGGUGGCCAUCCAGCUAAAUGAUACCCACCCCUCCUUGGCCAUCCCUGAGCUGAUGAGGAUCCUGGUGGACCUGGAGCGGCUGGACUGGGACAAGGCCUGGGACUUGACGGUCAGGACCUGUGCCUACACCAACCACACUGUGCUGCCCGAGGCUCUGGAGCGCUGGCCCGUGCAUCUUAUUGAGGCGCUGCUGCCCCGCCACCUCCAGAUCAUCUAUGAGAUCAACCAGCGCUUCCUAAAUCGGGUGGCAGCUGCGUUCCCAGGGGAUGUAGACCGGUUGCGGCGCAUGUCGCUGGUGGAGGAGGGCACAGUGAAGCGCAUCAACAUGGCCCACCUGUGCAUCGCCGGGUCGCACGCGGUCAACGGCGUGGCUCGCAUCCACUCAGAGAUCCUCAAGAAGACCAUCUUCAAGGACUUCUACGAGCUGGAGCCUCAUAAGUUCCAGAAUAAGACCAACGGCAUCACCCCUCGUCGCUGGCUAGUUAUGUGUAACCCUGGGCUGGCAGAGGUCAUUGCUGAGCGCAUUGGGGAGGACUACAUCUCAGACCUGGACCAGCUGCGCAAACUGCUCUCCUUUGUGGAUGAUGAAGCCUUUAUCCGGGAUGUGGCUAAAGUGAAGCAGGAAAACAAGUUAAAGUUCGCUGCAUACCUAGAGAAGGAAUACAAAGUCCAUAUCAACCCCAACUCGCUCUUCGACAUCCAGGUGAAGCGAAUUCACGAAUAUAAACGCCAGCUCCUCAACUGCCUCCACAUCAUCACCCUGUACAACCGCAUCAAGCAGGAACCCAAUAGGUUUGUUGUGCCCCGAACUGUGAUGAUUGGAGGGAAGGCUGCCCCUGGAUACCACAUGGCCAAGAUGAUCAUCAAACUCAUCACGGCCAUUGGGGAUGUGGUUAACCAUGACCCGGUGGUAGGAGACCGCCUCCGUGUGAUCUUCCUGGAGAACUACCGAGUCUCGCUGGCAGAGAAAGUGAUCCCCGCCGCUGACCUCUCUGAGCAGAUCUCCACAGCAGGCACUGAGGCCUCAGGCACGGGCAACAUGAAGUUCAUGCUCAAUGGGGCUCUGACCAUCGGCACCAUGGACGGGGCCAAUGUGGAGAUGGCAGAAGAGGCGGGAGAAGAGAACUUCUUCAUCUUCGGCAUGCGGGUGGAGGAUGUGGAAAAGCUUGACCAGAGAGGGUACAACGCCCAGGAGUACUAUGACCGAAUUCCCGAGCUUCGGCAGAUCAUUGAGCAGCUGAGCAGUGGCUUCUUCUCCCCCAAACAGCCGGACCUGUUCAAGAACAUUGUCAACAUGCUCAUGCACCAUGACCGGUUUAAAGUCUUUGCAGAUUACGAAGACUACAUUAAAUGCCAGGAGAAAGUCAGUGCCUUGUACAAGAACCCAAGAGAGUGGACGCGGAUGGUGAUCCGCAACAUAGCCGCAUCAGGCAAGUUCUCCAGUGACAGAACCAUCGCCCAGUACGCCCAGGAUAUCUGGGGCGUAGAGCCUUCACGCAGGUGCCUGCCAGCCCCUGACAAGACCAUCUGAGCCUCCAGACCGGACCCCAAACUGGCCCCUGAGUUUGUUUGCGAUCCCUUGGGUGGGCCAACCCCAGCUCUUCAUCCGGAGGGGGGUACUAGAGUUAGAUCUCUCAACCUUUUCCUGGAACCCCCCAUUUUCCCCCAUCAUCAAGAUCCUAGUGUCAGCAUGACUGAGGACGCUGCUCCCAUCCUGUCCUCUGGCUCCCUGCCCCCUCCUAUGUAUGGGUCUGACCGACUGCACCCACUCCCCAAUAAAUUGAUUCUCCUUGGGAGCCUCCUUAUUCCUCUGUCUGUUGGGAAA